AUGGAAACGAGGUGGUUUUCAAAUCAUGUAGCCUAUACUAUGGCUAAGUAUGGAAUGUCGAUGUGCGUACUAGGAAUGCAUGAAGAAUUUCGACCAUAUGUUUACGGUUAUUGUGCCAAAUUUCAAGCAUCGUCAUGGGUCACAACCGAAUUGACCAUCUGGACAUCAGCAAUGGAGAUGCUCAGCGACGGUUCUGGUGCUUCGGGUUCAAGAAAG